AUGCCCCCGCCUCUCGCGGGACAGGAGCAUCUUCUCUCAGAUGCGACAAUCCCCCAACACGAUAACCACGACGCGGCUCCCGCCACCCCACGCGGCAAGCGACAAAACGAAGUUACCACGCCUCGAGUCACCGUAAGCAAACCCAACGGGCCUACCGCGAGAGCCCCAAGCCCACCCAGUAGCGAUGUCUUCGAAUACAUGGACACCACGGGAGGGAAUAACGACAUCGGCGCAACUGCCAACAACGAAAUCUACCUCGCGGGCCGUAACCACGCCGCGAACAUUCGUGCCAAGAUAGAAACCGAACUAGACAUCUUCGCAGCCUUCUGCAAGGCCAUUGACAGUGUCAGGAACACCUACGAGAGCAUGGGAGACCACGCCAAACAGUAUACCGAUACUCUGGCACAAGGCCUAAUCACCUACUGGACAAAGUCACAGGAUAAGGCAGCCAUGGCGCCAAAGCCGGCAAAGAGGGAUACCACCAACUACGCGGGAAUCCUCAAACGACAGACAAAUGGGAUAACCAACAACCCCCAGAAACAAGGCGCGACUACGAUCAAGCCCCUGACACGCGAGAACGACACGAGCACUGACCACCGUGUCUUUAUCCGGCUAGAAGGCCAGUCCCCUGCACCUGCCAGCACCACCGUGAAGAACACCCUCCUGAACAUGGCAGGUGAUAUCAUAUCCCAGAUAGGCGCAGACGCUGUGGAGGAAUCAAGCAAAUGGCACACCUAUAUCAUUGAAAAUGUGCCCACGAACGUACUCAUUGGCAACAAGAGAAUCGACCUAACAAAGCGCAUCGAGAUGGAAAUCGAAGCCCAGACAGGCCUCAAGCCCGUAAGAGCGCAGAUCACGAGAAAAUCCGACGAGACCACCGGAAAAGCAGGCAUCAUCGCCUCCUUCACCCAGAAACCACGAACCCGCUUCACGCUCUUCGGCACUAGCCAACUUUCAAGAGCCCUGACCAGAAACACCCGACCCUAA